CCGAACCCUCACUGCCCUGGUAGGUCUCGUCAUUGACAGCUCGCUUGAAAGGCUGGAGUAUGUGCUGCCGUUUGACGAGCACUGAGCGUCUGUGUGUUUCGGCUGUGUUGUCAGUCAGGCAGUCAAUUAAAUGUAUCUCCACACACACUGGAGCUGCUAGACGGUGAGAGGAUCACUGUUCAAAAAUCCGCUAGAUCACCCCCAACCAGUCAGCCAGUCAGUCAGUCAUGCGGCAGGGAACGAAAACUCAAAAAACAGAUAAAAAAAAGCUCCGUAAUCGUCCGCGAAUGAUGUUCCGGUGGUGGAGGGAGUUUGUGUGUUAUUAAACGGCAAUAGACCCCGACCGGCACCGGUGCUUCGGUUCUGAGCAGUGAGUGUUCAGUUGGGUAACGGACGCAGUCUCGAAAAUGGCACGCGCCCAAACGUUCUUCCCGUGCGUGGGUCAAUCCGGUGACGAACUGUCCGGCCGGCUGGAGCAGAUUGCCGCCUCGGAACUGCGCGAAGAUGACGGCCUAAGGGAACAAUCGCUGACCGCGAUGCGUGAGUGGAUCCGUCAAAAUGGACGACUGCGGCGCUGCCGUACGGACGAUCGGUUUCUGCUGCGGUUCUUGCGUGUGAAGAAGUUUUCCGUGCCAAGGGCUUGUGAAAUGCUGGAACGCUAUCUGACGAUGCGUCAGACGUAUCCGAAGUGGUUUGCAAAGCUUGAUCCGGAGGAUCCGGACAUGGUGGCCGUGCUGGACGCUUGCUGUAUGCUACCGAUCGGGCGUGAUUCGGCGAGUGGAAGGAUUGUGAUCUUCGGUGUGGUUCGGAACUUUGACGCACAGCGAUACAACUCCGACACCAUGAUCCGGUUGAAUAUGCUAGUGGCCGAAGCGUUGCUGGACGAGGAACCAAACCAGAUUGCCGGUUUUACGCACAUCUUCGAUAACGGUGGCAUGUCGAUGGCGCACGUCACGUGCUGGACACUGGACAAUCUGGCUGGGUACCUGCGAAGUGUCAUCAAUUGUGUUCCGGUUCGAUUGAAAGAGAACCACUUUGUCAGUGUUCCUACGUUCGCCGCUCAGAUCAGCAAAUACUGCCUGUCGUUUGCCAGUGAGAAGCUCCGGGCCCGCAUCCAUUGUCAUAGCACGGUGGAGGAGCUACGUGCAAAGGUUUCGCCUGAGCUACUGCCACUAGACUAUGGUGGUAAGGGUCCCUCACUUAAGGCGUUGAACGAACAGUUCCGCGAGUAUCUUCGUUUGAAGAGAUCAACCCUGCUCGAGCUGGACGAUAUGGAGAUUGAUAUGAAAGAUCCUCGAGAGGCAGCCGUACACGAGGACGUUGGUGAAGUUGUCGCGGAUGGCGCUGUGGGCAGCUUCCGAAAGCUCUCGAUCGAUUAGUUUUUCAGUUCCUCCUCAAACCACCCAAACUGGUGGAGGUGUUUUGUUGUGAUAAGCUAACACACAGACACACACACGUUGUCCCUCACGGGUGCUUCAUUGCAAAAAAGUUAUCUUAUCUCCGUAAAAGGUACGACGCCGUUGAUUGUUUCGAACAUUAGCACCGGACACAAAGGCAAACAUCCAUCUCGAAAUACGGAACCGUGAAGGAGAUUCGUACAUAUUGCUUACGUUGGCUCACAGAGGGGCUUUGGGGAGCUAGUUGAAAUUCUUGUUUAGUCACGCUAUUGCGAAUGACGUAGCAGCAUUUAGCAAUAAACAAAUGCCAAAUGACAGAUCAAAACGGAGCUGCCACACCGAAAUCUCAUUAAAACCUGUUAAAACCCCGCAUCGAUCAUAUGGUCCGAUAUUGCGCCUCGAACCUGACAUUGUAAGCUAGAAACUAGUUCUGUGCGAUUGUUUCGGCGCCAGUAUGGUGGGGUUCAAAGGGUAUUGAGGGGAGGAUGGUAGAGAGAGUCUGAUGCUGGUUUGUUGUGGUGAUGACGUCAAACAGGGUUGCGUGGAGGCACGUUAGAGUAUUAUACCCAGUAUUAUGUGUAAGCUGUAUGUGUAGGGUUGCAUGGGCUUUGGGGUUAAAUAAAUGCUGCAAACUAAUUUAGCAAACCU